AUGACAGCAUUGAAAACUAAGAAGAAACUGAAUCCAGCCACGCAAUCCAAACUAGACACAUUGAAGGAACUGUUCCCGGACUGGACUAAUGACGAUUUGAUUGAUUUGGUGCAAGAAUACAAGGAAUUGGAAACUAUAAUUGAUAAGAUCACAUCUGGAGCAGUGACUAAAUGGGAUGAAGUGAAGAAACCAACAAAAAGGGAAAAACCCACUACAGUUUAUAAUCAAUUUGUUUCUACUCCUGAUUUGGAUCAAUCUCAUAUAUUAGUGGAUCCCGAGGAAGAACUCUUGGAAGAGAAGAGAACUGCUCGUUUGCAACCAAAGUCAAGACAAAAGCAAAAGCAACAAACUCUUUUGAAAACAUCCACUUUGCAUUUAACUACAAAAACCGCUACAACUACUAAACCAGUGUCUAAAAAGACAUCAUGGGCGUCAGUAGUAGCAAAUAAUACAAUUGCUACCAAAAACGUCCCUACAAAGAUAAAUGAACUAGAUGACGACUGGACAGAAAAAGUGGAAGAACAACCUGUCAAAGAGGAGAAAGAAGUUAUUCCAAAUAAACCAAUUAAGGAUUUAGAUUUACCAUCAUUACCUAUACAUGCAUCUGUUAAUUCAACGACUAAAAAAAUGUCAUGGGCUGCUAUUGCAACACCAAAGAAGGUCGCUAAACAGGAGGAAACAUCUACCAUAUCUACUUCUAUCGAAUCUCCAUUAGAAAAUUUGGAAUCCUUGAAGAUAAACAUGCCAGUGGUUGAAACAAAGGAAGAAGAAGUAGAGGAAUCUAGUGAAGAGGAGGAAACAUCAAGUGAAGAAGAAGAAACUGCAUCUGAGGAAGAAUCAAGUGAAGAAGAAGAAGAAGAAUCUAGCGAGGAAGAGGAAGAAUCUAGUGAAGAAGAAGAAUCAAGUGAAGAAGAAGAAACUUCAUCUGAAGAGGAAGAGCAAGAAGUUCCAGUGGUGAAUAAGAAAACCACCAACGUGGAAGCUGGAUUAAACGAAGAGGAGGAAAGUUCUUCAGAAGAAGAAUCAAGCGAGGAAGAAGAAGAACCUACUGAGGAACACCACGAAACACCAAAGAAGGGAGAGAGUGUCGCAUCUGAUAACUCUACCGUGGUUUCUUCAUCGAAACCUAUAAACCUUAAUGCGCAAACGUUGCCAGAAACAACUCAAGGAAAAGUACCUGUUCAAACUGAACAACAACCACAACAACUUCAACAAGGAAUUCCACCUGCUAUGACACCACAACAAGCAUCUGCUUUAGCUGCUCAACAACAGCAAUAUUAUAUGUACCAAAACCAAUUCGGAUACUCAUACCCAGGUAUGUUUGAUCAAGGCUUUAACUAUGGUCAACAAGCAAAUACUCAAUACAAUAUGCAACCACAAGGUUAUCCACAAACUGCCUCUUCUAAUGGUGAAAUGAACAAUAAUGAUACCCUCCCUGAAAACAAAACUAACACUUCGACCCCAAUGUCUCAGCAACAACAACAACCAUAUGGAGGGUCAUUCAUGCCAUACUACGGUAACUUUUACCAACAACAACAAUUCCCAUACGGCCAACCUCAAUAUGGCGUCAAUGGUCAAUACCCAUACCAUGUUCCAAACACAGGAUAUAACUAUUACCAAAACCAAUUACAGCAACAACCUGGAAUGACACCACCUGGUCAACUACAGCAACAGCAACCAAGCAUUAAUUCUCAGCAAACUCCUGCUAUUGAUAAUGAGUUCAAUGGACAGCAAAUGACUGCCCAACAGCAAGCUGAUUAUCAACAAUAUUAUCUUUUACAGCAACAGCAAUUACAAGAGCAACAAAUUCAAAUGGAUAAGCAAGCAGGACAAUCUGCUCAAGGCGGUUAUACUGGAUAUACUUAUGGGUAUAAUUCUCAAAACCAGGGUAGUAGAUUUUACUGA